AUGGGUGAGCGUGGUCAGUCUAGUCGUCGCCGCCCAGCGCUUGCGCUCGACCAGGCCGGCAUCUUCUCGCUGGAUACGCCAUCCGGCGACGAGAUGGACAUUCUCCUGGUUGCUCAGCCAGGGAAUCAGGGAUAUUUGAAGUUGCUCAUUUCAGGAAAGAGGGACCCAUCUUGGGACGGAGAAGCCCCAGAGACUGCGAUGUGA